AUGUUAAGAAAAAUGAGCUUCUCCAGUGAUGAAGUUAAUUUUUUGGUUUACCGAUAUCUACAAGAGUCUGGUUUUCAACAUUCGGCAUACACAUUUGGAAUAGAAUCUCAUAUAUCACAGAGCAAUAUAAAUGGAGCUCUUGUUCCACCUGCCGCUUUAUUAUCAAUACUUCAAAAAGGAUUACAAUACACUGAGGCUGAAAUAUCUAUCGGAGAAGAUGGUACUGAACAGAGAAUGAUUGAAUCUCUUUCUCUUAUUGAUGCAGUAAUGCCUGAUGUCGUAGUAUCCAGACAAAAUCAACAAAAUCAACAAAAACAGCAAAUUAAAACCGAUACACAAGAUACUAAUGGAGAAGAGGUUGUUACUUCAAAUGAACGAAGUGGAGAUAAAACUGAAAUGGAAUCAGAAGAACAACAGACCGGUGGUGUUGGAGUUGGUAGUAAUGCAAGUGCUAUUGAAAUACCAGCUAAUAAAGCGACAAAAUUACGUGGUCAUGAGUCUGAAGUAUUUAUCUGUGCGUGGAAUCCAACAACAGACUUAUUGGCUUCUGGUUCUGGUGAUAGUACAGCUAGAAUUUGGGAUAUGUCUGAUAAUUCAUCAACUCCUCAACAACUUGUAUUACGGCACUGCAUUCAAAGAGGUGGUGCUGAAGUACCAAGUAAUAAGGAUGUUACAUCUUUAGAUUGGAAUUGUGAUGGAACACUUUUGGCAACUGGUAGUUACGACGGUUAUGCUAGAAUUUGGACUACCGAUGGAAGAUUAUCAUCGACUCUUGGCCAACACAAGGGCCCUAUAUUUGCAUUAAAAUGGAAUAAACGUGGAAAUUAUAUAUUGAGCGCGGGAGUAGAUAAAACAACAAUUAUUUGGGAUGCUGCUAGCGGACAGUGUACACAGCAAUUUAGUUUUCACUUGGCUCCAGCUUUGGAUGUUGAUUGGCAGACAAAUACAUCAUUUGCCAGUUGUUCUACUGAUCAGUGCAUUCACGUUUGUAAAUUAAACGUUGAUAAGCCUAUUAAAAGUUUUCAAGGUCAUACGAACGAAGUAAAUGCUAUAAAAUGGGAUCCUCAAGGUAACUUAUUGGCAAGUUGUUCAGAUGAUAUGAGUCUUAAAAUUUGGUCAAUGAAGCAAGACACCUGGGUUCACGAUCUUAGGGCUCAUCAUAAAGAAAUUUACACAAUAAAAUGGUCACCUACAGGACCAGGAACACACAAUCCAAAUAUGAAUCUUACUUUAGCCAGUGCUUCGUUCGAUUCAACUGUAAGAUUGUGGGAUAUUGAAAGAGGAGUAUGUUUUCAUACUCUAACCAAGCAUACAGAACCCGUGUACAGUGUAGCAUUUAGUCCUGAUGGUAAAUUUCUUGCAAGUGGUAGCUUUGACAAAUGUGUUCACGUGUGGUCUACCCAGACUGGUCAAUUGGUGCACAGCUAUAAAGGUACAGGUGGUAUUUUUGAAGUGUGUUGGAAUAGCCGAGGUGAUAAAGUUGGCGCUUCAGCUUCUGAUGGAAGCGUUUUUGUCCUUGAUUUACGUAAACAAUGA